AUGUUGUUCAAUUUUGACCCCCCUUUGACCUUUGCACCACCUAUUCCAGAUCCUCCUGUUUCUUCUCAAAAUUCUAACUCUCAUACACGCCCUUACUCUGCUUUUUUUCGACGUGCCGACACCCCAGCGGUCACGAGCACACUGGGUGCCACUCCUAGGCUCCAUGGAGACCUUGCAACUUCAACUCACAGACCAUACACACCCUCGAUUCCAGGCAGACUACCUCAACAAGUGGCUUAUAAUAAUGGAAGUUUGCCACCCCUCAAGACAUCCACAAGUGCUCAAGAUCCUGUUCGUUCUAGAACUGCACUGGAAGAAUACGAUGACUACCCCCUAAGUCCGACAGUAUCUGGGUUUUCACACUCUGUACCCGGACCAGAACCUACGAGUAACUGGUAUUUUGUCUCAAGGUUUAUUUCAUCUAAUAUAGCUGCUGUAGAUUCACUUCACGAAGAGGAAUAUGAUGAACUCGAUGAUUAA